AUGCGCCGCUUGCAGAAGCGCCCGGGCGGCAUCCACCGGACGAAUCUCUACCGCCGCGGGCGGCGCGGCGGGCGGCAGCUGAGCCAGGACGAGCUGACGUCACGCCUGCUGCAGAGCCCACAACUAGCGGCGGGAAACGCGGCGGGCUGGCCGCUGCUUAGCGCGUGUCUGUCCCCGUUGCCGUUAGCGCGGGAGGAUCGGGAAUGGAUCUGGGCGAAUGGGGAUGAGAUUAAGGAGGGUUUAGGGCUUUUGAUGGCAGAAGAGGGGGAUUGGUGGGAGACAGUGGGAGAGGGUUCAGGGUUUGGCUCUGGGGAAGAGGGGGAAGAGGAAGGGGAAGGGGAAGAGGGGGAAUGGGAAUAUGGGGAGGAUGAUGAAUAUGAGGAAGGGGAGGGGGAGGGGGAGGAGUGGGGAAAUGAGGGGGAAUGGAGAGACGAAAGGAGAGGCAAAGUCGAGGUGGGAGGAGAGGAGGAUAUCCACGUGGCAGAAGAGGAUUCGUUCAACCCUGCCAGCAAGCUAGACGAGCUCUUAUACCUCUCGUAUAUGCACAGGGACCAACCUGACAAGUCACGGUUUCUCAAGGUGGCGGGGUCGCGACUCGCGUUUCUGGGCGGGUUUGUGCUGGAGCUGGCUCUGGCUGAGAUGCUGCUGCAGGAUGGUGAUGGCAGUGGUGCAUGCUGCAGGAAUGUUGCUGCCACGUGUGAUGGAUGGUACAGGAAUGUUGCUGCCACGUGUGAUGUAUGGUACAGGAAUGUUGCUGCCACGUGUGAUGGAUGGGGGCUCUUUGUGACGGAGCUGGCUCUUGCUGAGAUGCUGCUGCAGGUGAGCUUUGAUGAUGGUGGCGAGAGAGUGGAGCUGGCAGGCGGUGCGGUGCGGUGCGGUGCGCGAGGAUUCGUGCUGGAGCUGGCUCUUGCUGAAAUGCUGCUGCAGUGCUACCCACGCGAGCCAGUAGCAUCAUUAAGGAAGAGGGCAAGGGAGCUGGCCAACAAGCGCCGUUUCCCGCUGCUGCUCACUGCUCUCAUCUCUCACUGCUCUCAUCUCUUACUGCUCUCAUCUCUCACUGCUCUCAUCUCUCACUGCUCUCAUCUCUCACUGCUCUCAUCUCUCACUGCUCUCAUCUCUCACUGCUCUCAUCUCUCACUGCUCUCAUCUCUCACUGCUCUCAUCUCUUACUGCUCUCAUCUCUCACUGCUCUCAUCUCUCACUGCUCUCAUCUCUCACUGCUCUCAUCUCUUACUGCUCUCAUCUCUCACUGCUCUCAUCUCUUACUGCUCUCAUCUCUCACUGCUCUCAUCUCUCACUGCUCUCAUCUCUCACUGCUCUCAUCUCUUACUGCUCUCAUCUCUUACUGCUCUCAUCUCUUACUGCUCUCAUCUCUCACUGCUCUCAUCUCUUACUGCUCUCAUCUCUUACUGCUCUCAUCUCUUACUGCUCUCAUCUCUUACUGCUCUCAUCUCUCACUGCUCUCAUCUCUCACUGCUCUCAUCUCUUACUGCUCUCAUCUCUUACUGCUCUCAUCUCUUACUGCUCUCAUCUCUUACUGCUCUCAUCUCUUACUGCUCUCAUCUCUUACUGCUCUCAUCUCUCACUGCUCUCAUCUCUUACUGCUCUCAUCUCUUACUGCUCUCAUCUCUUACUGCUCUCAUCUCUUACUGCUCUCAUCUCUUACUGCUCUCAUCUCUUACUGCUCUCAUCUCUUACUGCUCUCAUCUCUUACUGCUCUCAUCUAUUACUGCUCUCAUCUCUUACUGCUCUCAUCUCUUACUGCUCUCAUCUCUCACUGCUCUCAUCUCUCACUGCUCUCAUCUCUUACUGCUCUCAUCUCUUACUGCUCUCAUCUCUUACUGCUCUCAUCUCUCACUGCUCUCAUCUCUCACUGCUCUCAUCUCUCACUGCUCUCAUCUCUUACUGCUCUCAUCUCUUACUGCUCUCAUCUCUUACUGCUCUCAUCUCUUACUGCUCUCAUCUCUUACUGCUCUCAUCUCUUACUGCUCUCAUCUCUUACUGCUCUCAUCUCUUACUGCUCUCAUCUCUUACUGCUCUCAUCUCUUACUGCUCUCAUCUCUUACUGCUCUCAUCUCUUACUGCUCUCAUCUCUUACUGCUCUCAUCUCUCACUGCUCUCAUCUCUCACUGCUCUCAUCUCUUACUGCUCUCAUCUCUUACUGCUCUCAUCUCUCACUGCUCUCAUCUCUCACUGCUCUCAUCUCUCACUGCUCUCAUCUCUUACUGCUCUCAUCUCUUACUGCUCUCAUCUCUUACUGCUCUCAUCUCUUACUGCUCUCAUCUCUUACUGCUCUCAUCUCUUACUGCUCUCAUCUCUUACUGCUCUCAUCUCUUACUGCUCUCAUCUCUUACUGCUCUCAUCUCUUACUGCUCUCAUCUCUUACUGCUCUCAUCUCUUACUGCUCUCAUCUCUUACUGCUCUCAUCUCUUACUGCUCUCAUCUCUUACUGCUCUCAUCUCUUACUGCUCUCAUCUCUUACUGCUCUCAUCUCUUACUGCUCUCAUCUCUUACUGCUCUCAUCUCUUACUGCUCUCAUCUCUUACUGCUCUCAUCUCUUACUGCUCUCAUCUCUCACUGCUCUCAUCUCUCACUGCUCUCAUCUCUUACUGCUCUCAUCUCUUACUGCUCUCAUCUCUUACUGCUCUCAUCUCUUACUGCUCUCAUCUCUCACUGCUCUCAUCUCUUACUGCUCUCAUCUCUUACUGCUCUCAUCUCUUACUGCUCUCAUCUCUUACUGCUCUCAUCUCUUACUGCUCUCAUCUUUUACUGCUCUCAUCUCUUACUGCUCUCAUCUCUUACUGCUCUCAUCUCUUACUGCUCUCAUCUCUUACUGCUCUCAUCUCUUACUGCUCUCAUCUCUUACUGCUCUCAUCUCUUACUGCUCUCAUCUCUUACUGCUCUCAUCUCUUACUGCUCUCAUCUCUUACUGCUCUCAUCUCUUACUGCUCUCAUCUCUUACUGCUCUCAUCUCUUACUGCUCUCAUCUCUUACUGCUCUCAUCUCUUACUGCUCUCAUCUCUUACUGCUCUCAUCUCUUACUGCUCUCAUCUCUCACUGCUCUCAUCUCUCACUGCUCUCAUCUCUUACUGCUCUCAUCUCUUACUGCUCUCAUCUCUUACUGCUCUCAUCUCUCACUGCUCUCAUCUCUCACUGCUCUCAUCUCUCACUGCUCUCAUCUCUUACUGCUCUCAUCUCUUACUGCUCUCAUCUCUUACUGCUCUCAUCUCUUACUGCUCUCAUCUCUUACUGCUCUCAUCUCUUACUGCUCUCAUCUCUUACUGCUCUCAUCUCUUACUGCUCUCAUCUCUUACUGCUCUCAUCUCUUACUGCUCUCAUCUCUUACUGCUCUCAUCUCUUACUGCUCUCAUCUCUUACUGCUCUCAUCUCUUACUGCUCUCAUCUCUUACUGCUCUCAUCUCUUACUGCUCUCAUCUCUUACUGCUCUCAUCUCUUACUGCUCUCAUCUCUCACUGCUCUCAUCUCUCACUGCUCUCAUCUCUUACUGCUCUCAUCUCUUACUGCUCUCAUCUCUCACUGCUCUCAUCUCUUACUGCUCUCAUCUCUUACUGCUCUCAUCUCUUACUGCUCUCAUCUCUUACUGCUCUCAUCUCUUACUGCUCUCAUCUCUUACUGCUCUCAUCUCUUACUGCUCUCAUCUCUUACUGCUCUCAUCUCUUACUGCUCUCAUCUCUUACUGCUCUCAUCUCUCACUGCUCUCAUCUCUCACUGCUCUCAUCUCUUACUGCUCUCAUCUCUUACUGCUCUCAUCUCUUACUGCUCUCAUCUCUUACUGCUCUCAUCUCUUACUGCUCUCAUCUCUUACUGCUCUCAUCUCUUACUGCUCUCAUCUCUUACUGCUCUCAUCUCUUACUUCUCUCAUCUCUUACUGCUCUCGUCUCUUACUGCUCUCAUCUCUUACUGCUCUCAUCUCUUACUGCUCUCAUCUCUUACUGCUCUCAUCUCUUACUGCUCUCAUCUCUUACUGCUCUCAUCUCUUACUGCUCUCAUCUCUUACUGCUCUCAUCUCUUACUGCUCUCAUCUCUGACUGCUCUCAUCUCUCACUGCUCUCAUCUCUUACUGCUCUCAUCUCUUACUGUCUCAUCUCUCACUGCUCUCAUCUCUUACUGCUCUCAUCUCUUACUGCUCUCAUCUCUUACUGCUCUCAUCUCUUACUGCUCUCAUCUCUUACUGCUCUCAUCUCUUACUGCUCUCAUCUCUUACUGCUCUCAUCUCUUACUGCUCUCAUCUCUUACUGCUCUCAUCUCUCACUGCUCUCAUCUCUCACUGCUCUCAUCUCUUACUGCUCUCAUCUCUUACUGCUCUCAUCUCUCACUGCUCUCAUCUCUCACUGCUCUCAUCUCUUACUGCUCUCAUCUCUUACUGCUCUCAUCUCUUACUGCUCUCAUCUCUUACUGCUCUCAUCUCUUACUGCUCUCAUCUCUUACUGCUCUCAUCUCUUACUGCUCUCAUCUCUUACUGCUCUCAUCUCUUACUGCUCUCAUCUCUUACUGCUCUCAUCUCUCACUGCUCUCAUCUCUCACUGCUCUCAUCUCUUACUGCUCUCAUCUCUUACUGCUCUCAUCUCUUACUGCUCUCAUCUCUCACUGCUCUCAUCUCUCACUGCUCUCAUCUCUUACUGCUCUCAUCUCUUACUGCUCUCAUCUCUUACUGCUCUCAUCUCUUACUGCUCUCAUCUCUUACUGCUCUCAUCUCUUACUGCUCUCAUCUCUUACUGCUCUCAUCUCUUACUGCUCUCAUCUCUUACUGCUCUCAUCUCUUACUGCUCUCAUCUCUUACUGCUCUCAUCUCUUACUGCUCUCAUCUCUUACUGCUCUCAUCUCUCACUGCUCACAUCUCUCACUGCUCUCAUCUCUUACUGCUCUCAUCUCUUACUGCUCUCAUCUCUCACUGCUCUCAUCUCUCACUGCUCUCAUCUCUCACUGCUCUCAUCUCUUACUGCUCUCAUCUCUUACUGCUCUCAUCUCUUACUGCUCUCAUCUCUUACUGCUCUCAUCUCUUACUGCUCUCAUCUCUUACUGCUCUCAUCUCUUACUGCUCUCAUCUCUUACUGCUCUCAUCUCUUACUGCUCUCAUCUCUUACUGCUCUCAUCUCUUACUGCUCUCAUCUCUUACUGCUCUCAUCUCUUACUGCUCUCAUCUCUCACUGCUCUCAUCUCUCACUGCUCUCAUCUCUCACUGCUCUCAUCUCUUACUGCUCUCAUCUCUUACUGCUCUCAUCUCUUACUGCUCUCAUCUCUUACUGCUCUCAUCUCUUACUGCUCUCAUCUCUUACUGCUCUCAUCUCUUACUGCUCUCAUCUCUUACUGCUCUCAUCUCUUACUGCUCUCAUCUCUUACUGCUCUCAUCUCUUACUGCUCUCAUCUCUUACUGCUCUCAUCUCUUACUGCUCUCAUCUCUUACUGCUCUCAUCUCUUACUGCUCUCAUCUCUUACUGCUCUCAUCUCUUACUGCUCUCAUCUCUUACUGCUCUCAUCUCUUACUGCUCUCAUCUCUCACUGCUCUCAUCUCUCACUGCUCUCAUCUCUUACUGCUCUCAUCUCUUACUGCUCUCAUCUCUCACUGCUCUCAUCUCUUACUGCUCUCAUCUCUUACUGCUCUCAUCUCUUACUGCUCUCAUCUCUUACUGCUCUCAUCUCUUACUGCUCUCAUCUCUUACUGCUCUCAUCUCUUACUGCUCUCAUCUCUUACUGCUCUCAUCUCUUACUGCUCUCAUCUCUUACUGCUCUCAUCUCUCACUGCUCUCAUCUCUCACUGCUCUCAUCUCUUACUGCUCUCAUCUCUUACUGCUCUCAUCUCUUACUGCUCUCAUCUCUUACUGCUCUCAUCUCUUACUGCUCUCAUCUCUUACUGCUCUCAUCUCUUACUGCUCUCAUCUCUUACUUCUCUCAUCUCUUACUGCUCUCAUCUCUUACUGCUCUCGUCUCUUACUGCUCUCAUCUCUUACUGCUCUCAUCUCUUACUGCUCUCAUCUCUUACUGCUCUCAUCUCUUACUGCUCUCAUCUCUUACUGCUCUCAUCUCUUACUGCUCUCAUCUCUUACUGCUCUCAUCUCUGACUGCUCUCAUCUCUGA